AUGAACCUUCUUAAAAAAAUAUCGAAACUAAUCGGAGUCGAGGAAAAAUCGAAAAACGCAGAGCAAAAGAGAGAAAAAUCAAACGAAAAUGAUGAAGACUACCAAAAUUUGAUUCAAGCAAACAGAUUGAGUAGGAAAAGUAAUUCAAGCUGCCCAAGUCCAUCAGUUUGCAUGCGAAAGACGCCUUCAGUUUUGAGGAAACAACUUAGCGACAGUUCUGAGAAAAAUCUGCCACGCGCGAGUACAAUCAGCGACUUCACGCCGAGAACCGAGCGUCGUUCCCUUCCAACAACACCUGGACUGAAAAGAAAUCUGACUGCGACUUCAUUGAGAAGCACGCACAUCUAA